UUCUACAUCCACCAUGUUGCCCUGUGGACCAGCUCUGUCAUUUGUGCGGUGCCUGGUGCGGAAGAAGAACGUCGGUGGUGAAAGUCUGGAAGACUCCAAGUUGUGCCGAUGCUUGUCUACUCUGGACCUUAUAGCACUGGGAGUAGGAAGUACUCUUGGUGCUGGUGUUUAUGUCCUUGCUGGAGAAGUAGCCAAAUCGGAUUCCGGACCUAGCAUCGUUGUUUCUUUCCUCAUUGCUGCCCUGGCAUCCGUGAUGGCAGGUCUUUGCUAUGCUGAGUUCGGUGCUCGUGUCCCCAAGACUGGUUCUGCCUAUUUGUAUACCUACGUAACUGUUGGUGAACUAUGGGCCUUUAUCACGGGUUGGAAUCUCAUUUUAUCGUAUGUUAUAGGUACAUCAAGUGUAGCAAGAGCUUGGAGUGGCACCUUUGAUGAACUUCUUGGAAAACAGAUUGGCCAGUUCUUCAGAACCUACUGCAAAAUGAAUUACUCCGGCCUAGCAGAGUAUCCUGAUUUCUUUGCUGUAUUCCUUAUACUGCUUUUAUCAGGUCUUCUAUCUUUUGGAGUAAAAGAAUCUGCAUGGGUAAAUAAAAUUUUCACUGUCAUUAACAUCUUGGUUCUCCUCUUCGUUAUGAUUUCUGGCUUUGUGAAAGGAGAUGCUGAGAACUGGAAAAUAAGCGAAGAAUAUCUCAUUAACCUUACUGUAAUAACAGAGAAUCAUUCAUCCUAUCAGAAUGUGACAAGCAUAUAUGGGAGUGGUGGUUUUAUGCCAUAUGGCUUUACAGGAACAUUGGCUGGUGCUGCAACCUGUUUUUAUGCUUUUGUAGGAUUUGACUGCAUUGCAACAACUGGAGAAGAGGUCAAGAACCCUCAGAAAGCCAUACCCAUAGGGAUCGUGGCGUCCUUGCUCGUCUGCUUCAUGGCCUAUUUUGGGGUUUCGGCUGCGCUGACUCUUAUGAUGCCGUACUAUUUACUAGAUGAGAAGAGUCCUCUGCCAGUAGCAUUCGAAUAUGUUGGAUGGGGUCCUGCAAAAUAUGUUGUAGCAGUGGGAUCCCUCUGCGCUUUGUCCACCAGUCUUCUCGGAUCCAUUUUCCCAAUGCCACGUGUAAUCUAUGCUAUGGCGAAGGAUGGCUUGCUUUUCAAAUGUCUAGCUCAAAUCAAUUCCAAAACGAAGACCCCACUAGUUGCUACUCUAUCGUCUGGUGCAGUAGCAGCUGUAAUGGCAUUUCUUUUUGACCUAAAGGCUUUAGUGGACAUGAUGUCUAUUGGUACACUUCUUGCUUACUCACUUGUGGCAGCCUGUGUCCUCAUUCUUAGGUACCAACCCAGUUUAACCUAUGAGCAACCAAAAUACUCUACAGAAAAGGCAGCUUUGGCUGCAUCAGAAGGGGACUCUAUAGUAAGUGAAUCACAGAUAACUAUGAUACAAGAGAAUCACUUUGGUCUUCAGACCCUGAUUAAUCCAUCCAGCCUUCCUACAGAGCAGACUGCAACUACUGUUAACUUUUUAGUGGGUCUAUUAGCUUUCUUGGUUUGUGGCUUGAGUGUUCUCACCACAUACGGGACUCAUUUCAUUGCUAACUUGGAGCCCUGGAGUAUUGGUCUUCUUGCUGCAUUGGUGGCGCUCUUCAUAUUUACCCUUCUCCUCAUCCAAAGGCAGCCUCAGAACCAGCAGAAAGUGGCCUUUAUGGUUCCACUGUUGCCGUUUUUGCCAGCAUUCAGUAUUCUGGUGAACAUUUACCUGAUGGUACAAUUAAGUGGAGACACUUGGAUCAGAUUUAGCUUCUGGAUGACAUUUGGCUUCCUCAUUUACUUUGCUUAUGGCAUCCGACACAGUAUUGAAGGCCAUCCUAGAGAAGGAGAUGAAGAAUCUGCUUCAGAAAAUAGUGGGAUGCAAGAAAAGAACCCUGUGGAAGAAGAUGAACAGGAAAAUGCAAAUGAAAAUGAUCAAUUUCUUGCAUGUGAGAGGACAAGUGAAUGCUAAUCUAUGCAAACAUACAAGUCUUUUAAACAAUAAACUGACAAUAUACUUGCUGACUGAACUUUCGAAAGCUUCACCAGCCAACAUUGUGUCUCUUGAAAGUGUUUACCAUCAAGCCAGGCUGAUAUUUUGGACAAGCUGAUGAUCUGUUUUCAUCGUUUCAGCACUAGUAUCAUGAAGAGUAAUACUGAAAUUAAAAAAGUAAACAAGAAAAAUACCC